AGAGAGAGAGAGUUUCAUGGCCAUAUCCGUGCCAUUUACCUCGCCUCACCCUCGACACUCGAGGAAGGGGGCGAUGAGCAGCGCGGGAAGGUGGGGUUGUGCGGAAUCUGUGUCGCGCCGGGUCGGCCACACUACACCACACCACCGUCGCCGGGACCCCAUCAGUGUCCACCCAGCCUCGCUGCUGCUCGGCGGCGUCGUCCUCCGCGUCUCAGGUCGCGAUUCCGCCGUGGCGGAAUCACGCGUGUUGGAAAUCCCGCGCGCCGACCCGUACACUGCCCACGACGACUCACGGGUCGAUAGCACGGAAAACUCGAACUUCGGCAUUUCUGAUAGCGCCGUUUGCGGAAAUUUCAUCGACCAACGAUUCUAAGGACCAAUCGAUCCCCUGUGAUAUUUUGUCGAAUAAUUUCACGAAAAAAUUCAACAUCAAAGGGCGCGAUUCACGUUUCUUAACGGCGGACAACAACGGCAUCUCCGACACCAAAAGCUGGGACCAAGCGACAGCGAAGGGAAAACCAAUCGAAGGGAUGUUCAAUCUCUACCAGAACCUAAACAAGAAGGACGACAGCGAUAGCGGCGGGCAGCGGAAUCGCGAGUCAGACGUGACAGGCCACGACCGAUUCUGUCAGCACCGCACCGGCCACUCGAGCACUCGUCGCCGUCGUCGCGCUGUCAAUCGCAGAACGCAAAGCGCGACGGAGCUGAACGCCAGGGCGAUGAGCUCCGCCCGGGGUUCGCUGCGACGUGGUCGAAGCGUCAGCACGGAGGACGAGAACGAGAGCGAGGAUGACAAGGGUCAUCAGCUGGCGAACAAGUUGGACAAUCUGGCGCGGCUGCUCUUCAGCCGCGUGUCGGCGGCGCGAGGAUACAAGGAUCAGGGCGACGUCAAGAACGGACGUUACACGGCGCUGAAUCACGGAUCGAAAUCUAUCAGCGAGGACGGAGUUGAGUACAUGGAAAUGGAGAAAAAAUCGCGCGAUCGUGCUUUAUCAAUUUGCCGGGACUACAUCGAUAAGACGCCGCGUUUCGUUCUCAUCAAGCAACUCAAUAAUAUCGGAUCAAGGGUGGACAAAUAUUGGUUCAUGGUGAGGGACACGUCCCUAAAGACGGACAGAUUACUGACUUUGAUGCCGUUGAAUCGGAACUGCCCGCUGUCCGUCCGUCCCUCCACUAAGGAGAUUUUGAACAAUCUGUUCCUGGCCUUACAACACCCUUACAUCUGUCCCGUUUUUCACGUUGAUUUUCUCGAGUACGAGGACCAAACAUACAUUGUCCUGGUGCAACCCAUCAACCAGGGUAGUCUCAAGGAUCUCAUAUACGGCAUCGAACGAAACUGCUGGAGCGAGAAAUGGAUUCACAAAUAUUCUGCGCGUGGCAAGGGACUCACGUUACCGCAAGUGCAACGAAUGGGACGACAAAUUCUGGAAGCGCUGGUGUUCCUGAAGGAGCAAGGAUUUCCCACGGUGACCCAUCUCCAUUCGGGCAAUGUGGUGAUUCAGAACGGCGUAGCAAGACUAGCCGGUCUGGAGAAUAGUCUUCUAGGUUUCACCAGUCGAAUACAUCAUAUUGUAACGUCUCGAUUAACACAUUCCACUUCGAUCGACAUUAUAUGCUUCGGGCAUAUGCUUUUCGAAAUGUGUGCUGGUUAUGAAUUAUGUAACUUUAGACCAUCCCCCAUCCAGUUAUCAGACAUCGAAAUGUAUCCGCAGGUUCUGAGGUUUCUCGAAUUGAUAUUCACGGAAUCGGAGCAUCAUUUUACCAGUAUAGAGGAAUUGUUGAUCCACGAUCUUUUCAGGAACAUUGAUCUCCGUGAAAUGCGAUGCACGGCCGUAACUGUAUUUCGUCCAACUCUGACGCCCUCCAUAAUGAGCUUCCUCGAUGAUAUUAAACGGCAAGACGCUGGAAAAGGCUGGCAUAAGACACGCUCUAUAAGCGAUGUCCAUUUAACGCGCAGAUUUUGAAUUAUGAAUAUCGACAACGAAGACGCUCUAUCAUUGAACAGCUUUGAAUACGAUGACUCCUUAUUCACGCAAAUAUACAACGAGCUUUCACAAACAGCUUUAUAAUGUGGGAACAAAGUCUACAUAUAUAUAUAUGUAUAUUUUAUCUCG